AUAGCACUGAAAUCCAUCAAACCUUACACAGAUCAUAUUCAACAUUUUACAAGAUAAAAAUGGCUCACAAAAUUCAAGUUCUAUGCACAAUCUUCAUUUCUUUUGCGACCCUUUUCUUCACAACUACAAAAGCAACAACCUUCAACGUGAUGAGCUACGGUGCGAAGCCCGACAGAAAAACCGACUCAACUCCGGCAUUCCUCAAGGCCUGGUCUGCGGCGUGUAGCUUGGUCCAAACGUCGACCACAAUGUACGUCCCACCGGGGAAUUUCACUAUCAAACCGGCGGUGUUUAAAGGGCCGUGCGGGAGCCGAAUCAAUGUGGUGAUUGAUGGAACCCUUGUAGCUCCUGAUAAUUAUUGGGACCUCGGAAACUCCGGUUACUGGUUGUUGUUUGUUCUGGUCAACAAGCUUUCGAUUUACGGUGGAACGCUGGAUGCUAAGGGAACUGAAUUCUGGAAGUGUCGCUUGAGAGGAGGCAAUUGCCCCGCUGGUGCAAGAUCAUUAACAUUCAAUUAUGUGAAUGAUGGGUUGAUCAGUGGGUUAACAUCACUAAACAGCCAGUUGAUGCACAUUGUAAUAAACAGUUGCAAUAAUGUCAGAGUCCAAAAUGUGAAGACAAUAGCACCAGCCCUAAGUCCAAACACAGAUGGCAUUCAUGUCCAGAUAUCAACUGGUGUCACCAUUUAUAACAGUAACAUUCAAACUGGUGAUGAUUGCAUAUCAAUUGGUCCUGGAACGAGAAAUCUAUGGAUGGAACAGGUUAAAUGUGGCCCAGGACAUGGCGUUAGCAUUGGGAGUCUGGCUAGGGAUUUAAAUGAAGAUGGAGUGAUGAAUGUGACACUAAUUAAUUCAGAAUUCAGGGGAUCAGAUAAUGGUGUUAGAAUAAAAUCAUGGGCAAGGCCUAGCACAGCUUUUGUCACCAACAUCAAUUUCAGGAAUUUAAUCAUGAAGAAUGUGGCAAAUCCCAUAAUCAUCGAUCAAAAUUACUGCCCCAAUAAUCAAGGAUGUCCUCGCCAGGCUUCUGGUGUGAAGAUCAAUCAAGUUCUAUACCAAAACAUACAAGGAACAUCAUCAACGCCAUUCGCGGUGCUGUUUUAUUGUAGUCCAAGUAACCCUUGCAGAGGAAUCAUAAUGGAAGAUAUAAAGAUAACUUACUUGAAUAGCCAGGCAAAAUCAUUUUGUAACAACAUGGGAGGAACUACAAGAGGAGUUUAUUUGCCAGAGAGGUGUUUAUAAGCCAUCCCAAAAAUGUUCCAGCAUUUUUGUUCUUUUUUCCUUUAAUUCUUUUGUAAGAUUAUUCUACUAGCUAGUGAUUAGAUAGAGAAAGAAAAGAAAUAAAUAAUAAAAAGAAAUAAUAUCAAUUCAUUGUUCAUUAGAAUUUAUUUUAAUUCCCACACCCCUUGUAAUUAUUGACUAUAAAUCAGAGUUCAGAAAGCAGAAUCACUA